AGAAAGCUGAAACGUCCAGCCCUUAUGAUGUCAGCAUACAAUAAGACCAAUGGUCAUCCGUCAACCUUCAUUCUCAUUGGUAUUCCUGGCUUGGAGGCUUCCCACGUCUGGAUCUCAAUCCCCUUUUUUAUGGUCUACCUUCUGGCCCUUCUGGGAAACUGUUCUCUUCUGUUUAUCAUCAAGACAGACUUCAGUCUCCAUGAGCCAAUGUACCUGUUCCUCUGCAUGCUGGCUGUGGCCGACCUUGUUGUGUGCACUACUGCUGUACCCAAGCUCCUCAGCCUCUUCUGGUUCCAUGACCGAGAGAUUCGCUUUGGAGCCUGCCUCACUCAGGUGUUCCUGAUUCACGCUUGCUCCACCAUGGAGUCUGGCUUUUUUCUGGCAAUGGCUUUUGACCGAUACGUGGCCAUUUGUAAACCACUGAGACACUCAGCUAUUCUGACACACUCAGUCGUCAGUGGGAUGGGCAUAGGGAUUGUACUCAGGGGCACAGCACUGCUCUUUCCUCACCCCUUCCUGCUGUAUUGGCUUCCAUACUGCAGAACCAACAUCAUUUCUCACACCUACUGUGAAUUCAUGGCCCUUAUCAAGAUUGCCUGUGCUGAGACAAGAAUCCGCAAAACCUAUAGCCUCAUUGUUGCCUUCCUUACUGGGGGGGUGGACUUAAUAUUGAUCAUUUGUUCUUACGUCCUCAUACUCCACACUGUCUUCCAACUCCCAUCCAAGGAUGCCCGGCUCAAAUCCUUAGGUACCUGUGGCUCCCAUGUGUGUGUUAUCUUGGUGUCCUAUACUCCAGCCUUCUUCUCUUUUCUCACUCACAGAUUUGGACAUCACGUGGCUCCCCAUGUCCACAUAUUUGUGGCCAACAUUUAUCUUCUUGUCCCACCUAUGGUAAAUCCCAUUAUCUAUGGGGUUAGGACUAAGAGAAUAAGGGACAAGUUUCUUAAAUGGUUUAGUUUUCCACACCUCUAG